AUGUCAUUUCCUGGUGCAACUGUUGAAGACAUGGUGGAUUUUGUGAAGCCUAUCAUCAGGAAAAGGCCGAAGAAAAUAAUUCUUCAUGUAGGUACAAAUAACUUAAAGCGAGACAAUCCCAAGAAAAUAGGUAAGAAAAUCAUUGAUCUGGCAAAUGAUUUAAAAAAACAGCAUUCCUCGGUCGAAAUUGCGAUUUCAUCAAUUAUACAUCGAACUGAUGAUACAUUGCUUAAUUCUAAAGUUGAUAAAGUUAAUGAGUCCUUAGAGAAAUCAUGC